AUGGCCCGCGUCUACAACAAGCGCCUCGCGGCCUCGGCCGUUGCGCUGGUGGUGGUCGCCUGCGCGCUGGCCGCCGCCUCGACGGCCGGAGCGCUCGCGCCGUCCGGCUGGAGCAAGGGCACCGCCACGUUCUACGGUGGCAGCGACGCCUCCGGCACCAUGGGCGGCGCGUGCGGGUACGGGAACCUGUACACGCAGGGCUACGGGACGCGGAACGCGGCGCUGAGCACGGCGCUGUUCAACGACGGCGCGUCGUGCGGGCGUUGCUUCAAGCUCACCUGCGACGCGCGCGCGGACCCGCAGUGGUGCCGCCGGGGCACCUCCGUCACCAUCACGGCGACCAACUUCUGCCCGCCCAACUACGCGCUGCCCUCUGACGACGGCGGGUGGUGCAACCCGCCGCGGCAGCACUUCGACAUGGCGCAGCCGGCGUGGGAGAGGAUCGGCAUCUACCGCGGCGGGAUCGUGCCCGUGCUCUUCCAGCGCGUGCCCUGCAGGCGCCACGGCGGGGUGCGGUUCACGGUGGCCGGCCGGGACUACUUCGAGCUGGUGCUGCCAACCAACGUGGCGGCCGCCGGCGCGGUGCGGGCCAUGGAGGUGCGGGGCACGCGCACGGCCGGGUGGCUGACCAUGUCGCGGAACUGGGGCGCCAACUGGCAAUCGCUGGCUUACCUCAACGGGCAGGGGCUCUCGUUCCGGGUCACCACCGACGACGGGCAGACCAUCGAGUUCGCCGACGUCGUGCCGCCGUCGUGGACGUUCGGGCUGACGUACGCGAGCAGGCUGCAGUUCAAGUAGAUUACAAGCUGAUGAAUGUGAUGGGCCGGCCGAGCUAUUAUAGGUCGGCAGUGGCGUGCUUUCUGGUGGUCUGUUAGCUGCCCGCCCACGCACGCGUAAUGUCUCGGCCCAGCCAGAA